ACUCACACCACCUCACAAUAAGACACAAAAGUCUUAUUCUGAGUUUCCCUUGAAAUACUCUCACUUUAUACAUUUCAACAAACCUAAUUAGCUAAAGCCCCAAACUCUCUUCAUAUAUAUCCCACCAUCCCUUUUCUCUUUUCCACCAUUCUUCUUCCCAACAACAAAAGUUCCCACACACUUCCCUUUCUUUUUUUUUCUUUCUAAUAACACAUAGAUGGGUUUUGAUGAUAUUUGCAACACUGGCCUAGUUUUAGGAUUAGGCUUUUCUUCAACAGCCGAUCACAAAUCAAAGAAAAUAACAACAACACCCUUAGUAGGCAAAGGUCCGUGUGUUGGCUUUGAAGAACCUUCACUAACUUUAAGCCUAAUUUCCGGUGAUCGUACGUACGAACAACAGGCGAUUAAAAUUAGUAAAGAUCAUCAAUCUGCUGAUUUGUACAGACAAGAUAGUGCUGCCUCUUCCUACUCAAAUGCUAGUGUCAAAAGGGAGAGAGAUGUUGGUAGUGAAGAGACAACUACAGAAGUAGAAAGACUUUCCUCCAGAGUUAUUAGUGACGAAGAUGAUGAUGGAUCUAACGCUAGAAAGAAACUUAGACUCACUAAACCACAAUCUGCACUUUUAGAGGAAAGUUUCAAGAUACACAGCACUCUCAAUCCUAAACAAAAACAGGAUUUAGCCAGAGAACUCAAUUUAAGGCCACGCCAAGUUGAAGUUUGGUUUCAGAACAGAAGAGCCAGAACAAAACUGAAGCAAACAGAGGUAGACUGUGAAUUCCUAAAAAAAUGCUGCGAGACACUGACAGAUGAAAACAGAAGGCUUCACAAGGAACUGCAGGAACUAAAGGCUCUAAAAAUAGCACAACCUUUGUACAUGCAGUUACCUGCGGCAACCUUAACCAUGUGUCCUUCAUGCGAAAGGAUCGGCGGCGGUGUUGGAGAAACUCCGUCGAAAAAUGCUUUUACUAUUGCUCAAAAGCCUCACUUGUACAGUCCAUUCAACAAUCCGUCGGCAGCUUGUUAAUGAUAAUUGCCAUAUAUAAAUCAUGUUUAGAAAAAAGCCGCCACUUUUUUUGGUUAAAAGGCUUGUAUGACUAGUGCAGUUGUAUGUGUAGACUGUAGAGUAAUUAGAAUUAAGGUCACUAAUCAAUAUUUUUAAUUUGUUUCUUUCUUAUGGUCCAUAUUAUAAGUCUGUAAAUCAUUAAGCAAAUAUAUACAUAUGGAUGAAUUAUUAUUAUUUAUAUAUAGUACAA